CUGAAUUGUCAAAAAUGAUUCCUGUCAAAGUGUAUUCAAAUUUAUUUUAUUUCAUUCAAUAAGACAAUAAGAAAAUUAAAGAAGGAAACUAGGRAAUGCAUGUAWGAUGUUACAGAAAUGAACAAAAUGUCUGAAAGAGAGGUUAUAUUGAAAACAGCUCUUACCUCACGCAUUUCACUUAUCUUCGUUCAGUACGUCUCAAAUUUACUGAUACCUGACCACGAAGCCGACGCUUACAUCUAUCCAAAAAUUGAACAAAACGGAAUAUUUGAUAAACUAGUCAUUCAUUUAUUGGGAGGUUUUGUGAGAUGGGACGCCCAUCAUUUCAUGCAUAUAUCAAUAUUUGGCUACACUUAUGAACAUACUUUAGCAUUUUUCCCGCUUUAUCCAUAUUUAGCAAAUCUAUUUGUCGCAAUUUUAAGCAAUUUAAUUCCGUUUCUCUCAACAGAUUCAUUGACUCUCAUCACAUUUAUUGCUAUCAAUAUUUUUUGUUUCUUACAGUCAGCAUUGUGCCUUUAUCAAUUAUCACUUUUUAUACUUAACGAGGAUUUGGCUUUGAAAGCCACUAUUUUGUUCUGUUACAAUCCCGCCUCUAUAUUUUUCACAGCACCAUAUACAGAAUCACUAUUUUGUUACUUAACAUUUAAAUCCAUGCUAAAUUCGAUUCUCUUGUAUAAAAAAUACAGUAGUAAGGGUUAUUUACAAGUCAAAGAUUUCAUAUACAUUAUUCCAAUUUGUCUCAGUACAUGUACAAGGUCAAAUGGAGUUCUAAAUAUUGGAUUUUUAGUCUAUGCGUUAAUUUGUUUGUGUCUUAAAAAAAUGAAAUUGAAAAAACAAAUAUUUAACCGCUUAUUGUGUGUUGUUAAAUUUAUUAUUACAGUAACUGUUUUAGUUUUAAUUUGUUUAGUGCCAUUUAUUUAUUUCCAAGUGUAUUCCUAUGAAACAUUUUGUAAAAAUUUUAAAAGUGAUUUAGCCCCACUUGUAUUGGGCCAUAAAGAUAUUGAUAAUUUUGUACUACCAGGGACGUUAUCGAAACAUAAUCAUUCCUGGUGUUACAAUAAAAUUCCUUUAGCAUAUUCUUACAUUCAGUCUCACUAUUGGAAAGUGGGAUUUCUUCAGUAUUAUGAAUUUAAACAAAUUCCUAAUUUUUUAUUAGCAAGCCCAAUUAUUUUAAUUUUAUUAGGACACGCGUUUCAAUUUUUUAAACAAUUUCCUAAAUCAAUUAGUACAUUAUUUAACUUUGACUUAAUUUUCUCAAAACSGGUACCGAGUAAAACCACUUUUUUUCCUAUUAUGAUAGUAUUUAUUAUACAUGUUACUGUUUUAACGCUUUUUUGUGUUUUAAAUAUCCAUGUUCAAGUGACCACCCGCAUGUUAUGUUCAGCAAGCCCUGUGAUUUAUUGGUUUUCUUCAUAUUAUAUUACUGAUGUUAAUUUAUUUAAAACUUUUAUUACUAAAAAAUGUAACAAUAGCGAAUUAUUUAUAUUAGGUUAUUUUCUAGGAUAUUUUUUUAUUGGGACCAUAAUGUUUUGUAAUUUUCUACCGUGGACUUGACUAUUAAACAAAUUGAACUACGCGCUUUUUUAUCGUGCUUAAAGUCGAUYAGAGGUCGCCUCGGUUGGAGUUCAAAACUUCAACCUCCAAAUUUUUAUUAAUUUUUGUGUUAAUUUUAUUAUUGUUGAACUUUAUUGGAAUAUAUUGAUUCUGUGAAAACU